AGGAUUCGAAACGACACAACGUUUUGUGUAUUAUCUGACUUUUCCCUCGCAGGAUCUCCGUUGUUUUCGUUUUUGUUUUCAUUCUCUCUUGUUCUCGUUUUUCACCAUUGUCUACUGUUCUUAUAUCCUUUUUUUUUCUUUCAGACCUUCCCACCCGUGCCUUCGCCAACACGAACAGUAGCCAGACGCAGACCCGCGCUGACGUUGUCGCACCCCUUUACGGUGCACGUGCUGUUGCAUUGUCGGUGGAAAAGCGUAGAUUUUGCUUCGGCGUCGUCUGCGAAAAGGACAAAAAAGAAAGUCAAAGAAAAGUGCCACUGAAAACUAUUUUUCUUUUUCAUAGUGGUUUCCCUUUCUCUUUGUUAUUAUUAUUAUUGUUGUUAUGAUUAUUAUUGACUCUUCUUCUUUUUUAUUGGCUGAUUUCGUUUCUCCUUCCCUGAAUUGCUGCUGAUUGGAGUGCGUCUGUUUUACCCUCUCCACAGCAUCUUACUGCGAAUUUGAAGAUCUGUGUCUUUCCCACUCCCUCUGUUUUUUGUUUUAUUUUCACUGUCGCCGUUGAUUGUUUUUGCCGUAGCGUUGCCUCCGGACUUUGUUCUUCUUCCGUGCUGCGCACCACCAAAUAAAUAUCGCUAAAAAAACUCAAGAAGGAGAAGCUUACUAUUCGCAGCCAUGUACUACGGUGGGUAUGCUCAGGGCUAUGCCGGGGAUCAGGGCUACGCCGGGGAUCAGGGCUACGUCGGCGAUCAAGGCUACGGCUACCAGCAGCAGCCGAUGAUGCAACCGAUGAUGCAGCCGUACGCAGCAGACGCCUACAACCCUUACAGCCAACAAGACGCGUACGCGCAGCAGCAGCAGCAAAUGAUGAUGGGGGGCGGCGGCGGCAACUACCCGGGCGAGGGCCAGCACGUGCAGGGCUACGUAGAGCCGCCCGUCGACGACGACGAUCGCGGCGCCUCGAUGCUCAGGUCCAAGAAGAGCUUUUCCGGCCCGCCGCCGGGGUCGGAGCGGAGGCAGAGCCUCAGCCGCACCCGCUCCACCCACUCCGUCAAGAAGGGCGAGGGCAGCGGGAUGGCGCGGCACGGUAGCGUCUUCAUCAGCAACCGUGAACGCGACACGCAGGUCUCCAUCAGCACCCGCGGCGGCAUGAGCAUGCAUUGCGUCGGCGACGACGCGGAGGACUUCAAGGAGUACUACGGCGACAUGGCGUCCCGCAACGAGGAGCGGAAGAUGGAUGGGCUGAAGGCGAUCAAAAGUUACCGUGGUGACAUUGAGGACGGCGAGGACGUCGGCAAGCCGCGGCGGGUGACAAACCGACGUAACGUUGACGGACGCUCCGCGACGGGCUACGGCGGCAUCAACUUCAAGCGACACGCAGCGAUGCGCAACGGCGAGCAGUGGGGCGACGUCGAGAUCCGCAUGCGCGAUGGCACGAAGCGGCGCGAGCUCGACACCGACUUCCCACAGUCGCAACCGCGGUCCCAGCAGCCGAUGCAGCCGCAGAUGCCCAUGUACCAGUCGGCGGUGUGUAUGCCCGUUGUGGAGGAGCCGCCAGUGAUGCCGCAGAUCUACAGCCAAGAGGACAUCCACUCCUACAGCAACCUCAGUGAUGCCUUCGCGGAACGCGAACAGGCAGAGGAGCAAACCGACUUCUAA